UUAUUUCAUCAUGUCUUCUUCCCUUCUCUUUUGAUCACACUACAAUUUCCCCUUUCAAAAUUCUCAAUUUAUCAACCUAACUUCAACACUCAAUAAUUUUAUUCAUUUUUUUAAUACACUAUUGGUGAGGUCCACUCCCAACAAAUUGUGGAUGCAACUUCUAUGGUAUCCAACUGAAAAAAAAAGUGCGUUUGAAAAAAAGUAAAAGCCAUUUACUUUCCCUUUCACCAAAGUUUCAAUCUUUAACUUAGAUCCACCUUUCAUCUUCAAAAUCAAACCCUUCAUUUCUCUCUGCAGAUUCAACCCAUAACUCAUCUCUCUGUGUGCUGAUUUCAUGAACCAGCUAAGUACACAAUUUCAGAGUGGUCAAUUUUUCUUUUCUGGUCAAAGUUUUUGUACCCAUUUGAUGGUAAACAAAAGAGUACUAGAAUAAAACCAUUUAAUGCUUUUCUAUUUCUGAAGAAUACAAAUCUUGACUUAGAUUUUGUCAAUGGGAAGUACAACCCAUUAAUCUUAUUUUUUAUUUUUUACUAUUGUGGUAUUAAAAAAACUGUAAUUUUGAUGUUGAUUGGGUUUAUUUUCGAUUAGGGUAGACAAAAAGGGGCAAAAUGAAAAAAAAAGUUUUGUUUUUUCUUUCUGGGGUUAGGGUAUUUUGGAGUUUGAGGGUAGUAGUGGAAUGUGACGACCAGUAGGUAAAAGCUUAUCGUUUUUCCUUUGCCCCCAAUUUGCAAAGGUUUGAUUUUGAAGGGUAAUUAUAUAGUGUUGCUGUAGUGGAGAUCUGGGAUUUGUUUCGUGUAUUAUGCCCUAUGAGGACUUUCUUCCCUGCAGAAUCAUCUAAGGAAGAGCACUCAAGUUCUCUUAAUCCUCAAUCAUGGCUUCAAGUUGAAAGAGGGAAGCUUCCCAAGUCAUCAAUAGAAUCUCUAAUCAAAGUCCAGCAGCCACCUGUGCUACCGUUCUUUAAACCUGUUGAUUAUGUCGAAGUUUUAGCUCAAAUCCAUGAAGAACUUGAGUCAUGUUCUUCACAGGAACAGUCGAAUCUGUUUCUGUUUCAAUAUCAGGUCUUUAAAGGACUUGGAGAUGUUAAACUGAUGCAAAGAAGUCUCCGGGAAGCAUGGCGGAGGGCGAAUAGUGUUCAUGAGAAGGUUGUAUUUGGGGCAUGGUUGAAAUAUGAGAAGCAAGGUGAAGAGUUAAUUGCUGGUUUGUUGACAGGUAAACGUCAAAACGAAUAUGGGCCGAUAGAUGUGCAAUCUCAUGUUUCUGAUAUAAAGGUAAGUUCCCAGGAGAAGGUCUUGAUGAAUGGGAACAACACUUCACCGUAUGUUGUUUUUACGAUUGGGGAUGAGAAGAUAGUGUGUGAUAGACAAAAGUUUUCUGAACUCUCGGCUCCAUUUCACACAAUGUUAAAUGGGGUUUUUUGUGAAUCGGUUUCCGAGGCUAUAGAUUUGUCUGAAAACAAUAUAUCUUCUUCGGGUAUGAGGGCAAUAAGUUAUUUCAGUAUGACUGGUAGUUUACUUGAACAACUCUCUCCGAAGCUUUUGCUUGAGAUAUUAGUUUUUGCUAACAAGUAUUGCUGUGAUAUAUUGAAAGACGCUUGUGAUAGAAGACUUGCAUCGUUAGUUACUUCGAAAGAAGAUGCCAUCGAGCUCAUGGAAUAUGCUCUCGAUGAGAAUUCAACUGUCCUUGCAGCUUCUUGUUUACAAAUCCUUUUACGUGAUCUUCCUCACUGCUUGAGCGAUAGUCGGGUGGUGGAUUUAUUUCUUCACCCUAAUAAGCAGCAGUUGGCAGUUAUGGUUGGUCCAGGUUUAUAUGCACUUUUCUGCUUCUUAAGCGAAGUUUCUAUGAACGUAAAUUCUAGUUCAGACACAACAGUUCAUUUUCUGGAAAGGCUAGCUGAUUUUGCUGAAAAUGACAAGGAAAAACUGUUAGCGUUUCAUCGAUUGGGAUGUGUAAGGCUCUUGCGGAAAGAAUACGACGAAGCUCGUCGCCUUUUUGAGAGAGCUGUAAAAGCAGGUCAUAUUUAUUCUGUUGCCGGUUUAGCUCGACUCGACUCUAUACAAGGGGAGGGGCAUAUAUCUUAUGAGAAGAUCAGCUCAGUCAUUUCUCCUGUCACUCGACUUGGAUGGAUGUACCAAGAAAGGUCGCUAUAUUGUGAUGGUGAUUUAAGGUGGAAAGACCUUGAGAAAGCAACUGAACUGGACCCUACUCUUGUAUAUCCUUACAUGUAUAGGGCUGCAUCUUUAAUGUGGACAGAGAAUUCUCAAGGUGCACUUGCUGAAAUAAAUCGGAUACUUGGCUUCAAACUUUCGUUAGAAUGCUUGGAACUACGGUUUUUUAUCUAUCUGGCUCUCGAGGACUACAAAGCAGCCCUUCGCGAUGUUCAAGCAGUUCUUACUCUUUGUCCAAAUUAUAGAAUGUUUGAGGGACGUGUAGCUGCUUCUCAACUCCGUACUCUAGUACUUGAACACGUUGAACAUUUGACGACCGCAGAUUGUUGGGCACAAUUAUAUGACUGUUGGUCUGCUGUUGAUGAUAUUGAGUCAUUAUCUGUUAUUUACCAGAUGCUGGAAUCUGAUGCGGCAAAAGGUGUUCUAUACUUCAGACAGUCAUUGCUUCUUCUAAGGCUAAACUGUCCUGAGGCCGCUAUGCGGAGUUUACAGUUAGCUUGGCAACAUGCAUCAAGUGAGCAUGAACGACUUGUAUACGAGGGGUGGAUCUUGUAUGAUACCGGUCAUUAUGAGGAAGGGCUCCAAAAAGCUGAAGAGUCUAUUUGUAUUAAAAGGUCUUUUGAGGCCUUUUUCCUGAAGGCAUAUGCAUUGGCCGACUCCGGUCUUGGUUCAAUAUGUUCUUCAACUGUUAUUUCACUUCUUGAAGAUGCCUUGAGGUGUCCUUCCGAUAAUCUGCGCAAAGGUCAGGCCUUGAACAAUCUUGGAAGUGUUUUUGUCGAUCAUGGGAAACUGGACCAAGCAGCCGAUUGCUAUAUCAAAGCCCUAAAAAUCCAUCACACUCGAGCCCAUCAGGGUCUUGCGCGUGUUCAUUUUCUUAAAAAUGACAAGGCUGCUGCUUACAAGGAAAUGACUGAACUUAUUGAGAAGGCAAAAAGCAACGCAUCGGCGUAUGAGAAGAGAUCCGAGUAUGGCGAUCGUGAUCUUACAAAGGCAGAUCUAGAGAUGGUCACUCGAUUAGAUCCGCUUCGCGUCUAUCCUUAUCGAUAUCGAGCCGCAGUUUUGAUGGACAACCAUAAGGAACAGGAAGCCAUUGCGGAGCUAUCACGAGCAAUAGCAUUUAAAGCUGAUUUACACCUCUUACAUCUUCGCGCAGCGUUCCAUGAACACAAAGGCGAUGUGCUAAGUGCAUUAAGAGACUGUCGCGCCGCACUCUCGGUGGAUCCAAACCACCAAGAAAUGCUGGAACUUCACACUCGUGUUAACAGCCAUGAACCGUGAGGAGUCGAGUUUGCGAACUAAGGACAGCAUUUGUACAAUCAUCAGCCGUCAUGAAAACUAAAUUUGUAAAUGCAAAGUAUAGUUGAAAUGAAUGAUUAGAGCCUUCUGUAUACUCUGUUGUAAUGAACAUGUCAUGAUAUCAUUUUCCUUUCUAAGGAGGGGAUGCCCAAAUUUUGUAUUUUAUAUACUUGCUAUCUUUUGAAAAUGUGUUAUGAAUACCAGAUACAUGUAUUUUGUUACUGAA